AUGACCAGAUGUGUUCCCAACUUUAACAUGGGACUGGAAGUUGCUGUGUCCCGACUCCAGAAACUCCAGCUCGCCGUGGUUCCCAACUGGUCCUGCGCCGCCGCCGGCGAGUCCUGCACCUGCGCCAGCUCCUGCAAAUGUACCUCCUGCAAGAAGAGCUGCUGCUCCUGCUGCCCCAUGGGCUGUGCCAAGUGUGCCCAGGGCUGCGUCUGCAAAGGGGCAUUGGACAAGUGCAGCUGCUGCGCCUGAGGCCAGGAGAGCCCAGCUCCCAGAUGUGAAUAGAGGGACGUGCACAAACCUGGAUUAUUUUUGAUACCUUCCUGACCCAUUUGCUACAUUCCUUUUUCUAUGAAACAUGUUAAUGAUAAUAAAACACUUUUGACUUGAAAAAAAAAA